AUGGCCGGGCAGCGCCUCGCGGUCCCCCGGCUGGAGGGGGUCUCGCAGGAGCACUUCCUGCAGCACCUGUACCCACAGAGAAAACCCGUAGUGUUGGAAGGAAUUGACUUGGGGACAUGCACAAGCAAAUGGACGGUGGAUUACCUGAGUCAAAUUGGAGGGGGGAGAGAAGUGAAGAUUCACGUUGCCGCCGUUGCCCAGAUGGACUUCAUUAGUAAGAACUUUGUGUAUAGAACUUUACCUUUUGACAAGUUGGUUCAGAGGGCAGCUGAAGAAAAGCAUAAAGAAUUCUUUAUUUCUGAGGAUGAAAAGUACUACUUAAGGUCACUUGGAGAAGACCCUAGAAAGGAUGUUGCAGAUAUCAGAAAGCAGUUUCCUUUAUUGGAAGGAGAUAUUAAGUUUCCAAAAUUCUUCAAAGAGGAGCAGUUCUUUUCCAGUGUUUUUCGAAUUAGCUCACCAGGAUUACAACUUUGGACCCACUAUGAUGUAAUGGAUAAUUUCUUAAUACAAGUGACAGGAAAAAAGCGUGUUGUACUGUUCAGUCCUCGAGAUGCCCAGUAUUUAUAUUUAUCAGGUACUAAAUCAGAAGUACUGAAUAUAGAUGACCCAGACUUAGCUAAAUAUCCAUUGUUUUCCAAGGCUAGAAGGUAUGAAUGUUCCCUUAAUGCUGGAGAUGUAUUAUUCAUUCCUGCUUUAUGGUUCCAUAAUGUAAUUUCUGAGGAGUUUGGAGUGGGAGUGAAUGUCUUUUGGAAACACCUUCCGUCUGAAUGCUAUGAUAAAACAGAUACCUAUGGAAACAAAGAUCUCACAGCAGCAUCAAGAGCUGCACAGAUUUUGGACAGAGCCUUAAAAACACUGGCUGAAUUACCAGAGGAAUACAGGGACUUCUAUGCACGGCGAAUGGUCUUACACAUUCAAGACAAAGCCUAUAGCAAAAACUUUGAGUAA